UUGACGAGGACAAGUAAAAUGAAGGAAGACGGCCAGAUGGACUCGGACGUCACCAAGAAAGGAGGUGCACCGUGCACAGCCACCCCACACUAUUCGAAUCUUUGCUUUCUACCGCUAAUAUCACUAGCUGAACCUCAGUUUCUUUCUUUUCAACUUCGAUGACAUCUUUUAUUAUCAAGGCACACGAGGGACGUGAACUCCCAGACUCCUGGAAGCAAGACCCAGAUUGUCCGUUUUGCCGCAUUAUUCGAGGGGAAUCUCCCGCCUUUCGCGUUUACGAGGAUGAUAGAAUAGUCGCAGUGCUAGAUAUUCUUCCUCUGAGAAGAGGUCAUACCCUUGUGAUACCCAAGACGCACUACAAGCGAGUCUCUGAAUUGCCUCCAGACUUCGCAGCCGCGACUGGUGCUGCCAUUUCACACAUCGCAAACGCAUUAACUAAAGCUUUGGAUAACACGGGUUUGAAUAUCGUCUGUAAUCAGGAGUAUGCUCAAGCUGUUCCGCAUGUUCAUUAUCAUAUCAUCCCUGCACCUAGCUUUGAUUCCAAGGUCGUCGAACAACCGGAUCACGUCACGUUGCCUCUGACACAGAAGGAGAUGUUCAAGGCAGAGUUCGAGUCGCGAAAUGAACUUGAUGAAGACGACGCUCAAGCUCUCGUCAGCAGAAUCCGCGCUCGCCUCUGAUGUCUUACCGUGUGGACUUUCAUGCAG